CUCACUGCUCCCUCCUGCGUGGCCUCCCAGCUGAUCCAGGUGCUCGCCAACGCGAGCGUGCACACGUGCGCGGGUCAGCGGCCUCGCAUCAAUCAUCCCGUCCACGUUAUCUAGAACCGUCACCCUCUACGCCCUCAGGUCCGCGAUGGCUCCCGGUGCUGGGCAACCUGCUCGACCUCAAGCGCCUCGUGCGGAAGCUGGGCUCGCAGCACGCCGCCUUCGAGAGCCUGUGCCAGGAGUACGGGUCGAGCGUGCUGGGCCUGCGCCUGGGCAGCGACCUGGUGAUCGUGGCCUCCGGCUAUGAGGCCGUCAGCCAGGUGCUCACCUCGGACGACUGGCUGGGCCGACCCGACAACUUCUUCAUGCGGCUGCGCACCAUGGGCACGAGGAAGGGCAUCACGAUGACGGACGGCGCGCUGUGGUCCGAGCAGCGGCGCUUCGCCGUGCGCCACUUCCGCCAGCUGGGCUACGGCAAGGUGCACAUGGAGGAGCUGAUCCUGGCCGAGCUGACGGACCUGCUCAACGAGCUGGAGCCGGCGUGCACCACGGCCGAGGCCGUGUCGCUGGGGCCGCUGCUGCCGCCCUCGGUGCUCAACGUGCUGUGGGCGCUGACGGCCGGCACGCGCUUCCCGCACGGGGACGCGCGGCUGCAGCGCCUGCUCGACCUCAUGGGCCAGCGCGGCCGGGCCUUCGACAUGGCCGGCGGCGUCCUGGGCACCCUGCCCUGGAUGCGGCACCUGGCCCCCGAGCGCACGGGCUUCAACCUCCUCAACCGGCUCAACGCCUCGCUCAGGGAGCUGCUGCUGGAGACUAUCGCAGACCACAAUGCGAGCUACACGCAGGGCCGGACUCGUGACCUCAUCGACGCGUACCUCCACGAGGUAAAGGCGCACGCAGGCGACGGCGAGCAGUCCUCCUUUACCGAGGAGCAGCUCGUGAUGGUGUGCCUGGACAUGUUCCUCGCCGGGUCGUACACGACCAGCAACACGCUCAACUUCGCGCUCAUGCUGCUGGUGCUGCACCCGGACGUCCAGAGCAAGUGCUUCAAGGACAUCUACAACAACGUGGAGAAAGGCCGGCUGCCGUCGCUCACGGACAGGCAGAAGCUUCCGUACAUCGAGGCCGUCAUCAUGGAGGUCAUGAGGCUGUACUACGUGGUGCCCAUCACGGGGCCCCGGCGCGCGCUGCACGACACCAAGCUCAUGGGCUACGACGUGCCAAAGGACACAGUGGUCCUCAUCAACAUCCACUCCAUCCACCACGACAAGAAGCACUGGGGCGACCCGGAGGUCUUCAGGCCCGAGCGUUUCCUCAACGCGCGCGGCAAGAUCCAGCCCGACGAGCACCUCAUCAACUUUGGCCUCGGCAAGCGCCGCUGCCUGGGCGACGCCCUCGCGCGCAACUGCCUGUUCCUGUUCCUCACCGGGCUGCUGCAGCGCUACCGGCUGUCCGUGCCGCCGGGGGAGGCGCCGCCCUGCCGCGAGCCCGUGCCCGGCCUGACGCAGUGCCCGCAGGCCUACCGCGUCAUGCUCACCCCGCGGACGGCCUGCCCAGGGUCGCCGCGCUCGCCGCGGACGCCGUCGCCGCUGCCCGGCGCGUAGCUGGCGACCGCUCCGGCAUAUCUCCUACUCUUGUAUCUCUGUAUUCUUGCCACAACUCUUCUCUUUCGCAAAAAAAAAGGAGAGAGAAUAAUAUUGCGGGCGAGUAUUCAGCCAGUUUGACGUCAUCAUUUUUACGUUGAACUGAAGUGCUAGAUCUGGUGUACACUUAAGUGUUUUCGGCGACGCACGAUGAGCGUUUUUGUGUUUCUGUUUUAAAUUAAUCAACUACACUGUGAUAAUUAAGAAGUUGAGUAUUUAAGUUUAUUCGAGUGGUUUUCUUUCGCUUGUUUUUCUCUCCUGGAGACCACAACUAAGGACAUAUUUGACUCUGGUGCUCAUAUUGAGCGGCGGGAGGCAGGUCUGCUUAGAAUGAGCGACUUAGUGUAAUUUUAUUGGUUAUAAAAUGACUGAGAGUAAAUCUAUUUCUGUUUUCAAUAAAACUUAAUUUAGAAGCUGUUUAA